AUGGCUGCUCCAGCUCUGGAGACUCCACAGAUUUCACAGCCACAUCCCAGAGAGGCUUCAAGAGCAAGCGAAGCGAAUGAGACGAACAGAGGCGGUAGACGACAUCGUGGAAGAGGCAGAAACCGUGGUGGUCGUGCUAGUCAUGGUGGGAACGAUCGGCGAGGGGCAAGCGCAAUCGUUGAACAUCAGAGUUCGGACCGUUCGCUGAGACCUAGAGGUCGAGCUGGGCGUGCAGGUGACAGAGGUGGAAGGACAGCACAACAUACAAAUGCUACGCGGAUAGGAACUGGUACCGGAAGACGGUUUGCUGGGCAAUUAACAAGACCUGAUACGUCUGAACAAUCGCACGACAAUUCGACGCAGAGGAUAACUGGCAGCACUGGAGAUGAGACCGUGUCUUUACGAGCCGACGCGCCAGAGUUCGUGCCUGGUGCUCCUUCGUGUACUGCACCGCAACUUAGACCAAAGCCAUCGAAAGCCCCAAAAACGAAGUCUAGUGCUAGUGAUAUCGCAACUCGUACGCACGAGGAUAUUCAGAAUGGAUUUUAUGAAUGCCCGAUUUGCACGUCUGAAUUGGGGCGGAGGUCGAAAGGUCGGCAAUGGAGCGCCCAAGAGGGGGUGAACAAGAAGAUUUUGAACCGCUUCCUCGACAGUGGAGGUGUCCUGGGUGCAACUUGCCACAAGAGAUUAUGCCGUCUACUUAUAGUUGCUGGUGCGAAAAGGAGAUCGAUCCGCGACCAUUACCUGGCUUACCACCACAUUCUUGUGGCCAAACAUGCUCCAAGUCUCGGAAUGGAUGUCCACACCCGUGUAAUUCGGUUUGUCAUGCUGGACCAUGUGCCCCUUGUCAGGCAAUGGGACCAACCCAAACAUGUUUUUGCGGACGCCACGAAUCUACGAAAAGAUGCGUGGAUACAAAUUAUGAGAAAGGUUGGAGCUGUAUGGAGAUAUGUGUUGAUGCCAAGUGCUAUUGCGGGAAUGCGACCAAGAAGAUACGAUGUCACGAAAAAGGAAUGGAGAAGCAAAGUGAACGUGGAACUGAACUGGGAGAAGUUGCUGGGGAGGAUUCGACCUGGAUGGGUUCAUUUAGCUGUGGAACUAUAUGCGAUCGUCUAUAUGACUGUGGUAAGCAUCAUUGUGGACAGUCGUGUCAUCCUCAGACUCGAGCAGUGCCGCACUGUCCUACUUCUCCGGAUGUGGUUCGGCAUUGUCAGUGUGGAAAAUCUCUCCUUUCCUCACUACUCGGAAUCAAAACACGGACCUCACAUCAUUGUCAGGAAUUAUGUCAUAAGGGCGUCUGCAAAACGUGCCCCGAAGCUAUUUUCGAAGAAGUGUCAUGUCAUUGCGGCAGAACAGUACUUCACCCUCCGCUCCCCUGCGGGACUAGUGCUCCAACAUGCCAUUUCAACUGCGAGCGACCUAAACCGUGCGGACAUCCACAAACGCCCCACGGCUGUCACAUGGACGAUGAAAAUUGCCCAAAGUGUCCGUUUUUGGUGGAAAAGAAGUGUCUUUGUGGACGAACAUCGUCGAAGCAACCUUGCUCACAGCCAAACAUCCAAUGUGCCUUUACGUGUUCUAAACCUUCAAAAUGCGGUGCGCAUAUUUGUGGGAAGUAUUGCCAUCGACCAGGAGAUUGCGCGGAUUCGAAAGUACCCUGCCAAAAACCAUGUGGAAAGCGCCUCAAAACGUUGUCAUGCUCCAUUUCCGUGUUCUGAGUCGACUCUAUGCCAAUCUCGUGUCACCAUUACCUGCGCAUGCGGGCGAAUGGCGGAAGAAAAGAGAUGCAACGCCACUCGUGAGAAACCAAGAUCGCCAGAUGAGAAGCUGAAAUGUGAUGAUGAAUGUGCAAGAUUACAACGCAAUCGCGGUUUGGCUUCCGCUUUAAACGUUGAUAUUGAUCCAACAACGACCGUCAGUGCAGGUGUGCAAGAUUCGAAUCCUAUACCAUACUCUGACGAAACGCUUGAUCUGUACAUUCAAGCAUCUUCUUCGUCGACAUUGGCCACUCUUCAAGGGUAUGAAGCAACUUUUCAUUCACUUGCAACACAGACGACGCAAAAAUCAACCCGUUUUCCGCCAUGCCGCUCUCAACUCCGUGCUUUUAUCCACUCUCUUGCGGCAGACUGGGGGUUUGAAUCGGAAAGUUUUGACCCCGAGCCGGUUCGGCACGUCCUGGCGUAUAAACCGCCAGGCUGGCAAUCACCGGGUGUUGCAGCUACUGGCCAGCCUAAGAUAGGUAUUCGAGGUUUAAGCAUUAGUGAAUGCAUCAAGCUACGAGAUCGUGACCGCAUGAAGGAAAAAGAAGCAAAGAGAGCAGCCGCUGAGAAGGCAAGGCGUGAAGCAGAGGAGGAGGGUACGGGAUGGGCCGCUACGGAGCGACGAGACGAACAUGGCUGGUCAAAGGUAGCUUCCAAGAAGAAGCCCCAAUGGUGGAUCGACAAUGACGCUCCAAAGGCUGUGCCGGCCGCGCCCACGUCGCAAUCGAGAAUUGGCGGUUCCUCGUUUGGCAGUGGAAGAUUUGGCAGUCUUAUCUUAAAGAGUGGAGUUGGGAGGGGAAAGGAAAUGGGUACUUCAAACUCUCGUCCUUCUUCCUCUGAUGGUUUGAAGAAACCGGCGCCUGUUGAGCUUGAAGAAGUGGUUGAUGACUGGGAGGAAGAGAUCGAAAAGGAAGAGAAAGAGCAAGAAGAAGGGAAAAGAGACAAGGAGGGCCCAUCUGAUAUCGAAGAGCAGCCGUGGGACAGGAGCCUUGAAGGGGAGAGCGAACCGCAUAUCAUCGAGACCGGAGAACCUGUGGCGAAAUGA